CGCUGAGCUGUCUUGUUUCAGUGUAUUUGGGGAUCCCCAAAGAAAGCAAGGGAACCAAAGCCAGGGCUGCUGGGGUGAAGGUCAGGGGACGGAAGGGCACAGGCCAUGGAAAGGAAUGACAUCAUUGACUUCAAGGCUUUGGAGAAAGAGCUGCAUGCUGCACUCACUGCCGAUGAGAAGUACAAACGGGAGAAUGCUGCCAAGUUACGGGCAGUGGAACAGAGGGUUGCUUCCUAUGAAGAGUUCAGGGGUAUUGUCCUUGCAUCACAUCUGAAGCCACUGGAGCAGAAGGAUAAGAUAGAAAAGAAGACUGUGCCCUGGAACUGUCACAGUACUCAGAGAAAGACCUCCCAGGACGAAACCACUGAAAUCUGCCAGGAGAAAACACGCCUGCAGCCUGAGACCUCAGCAGAGUUCUACCGUGAUUGGCGGCGAUACUUGCGGAGUGGGCCAGAGCGCUACCAGGCCCUGCUACAGCUUGGAGGUGCCAAGCUGGGACAGCUCUUCAAGACAGACGUGGGAUUUGGACUUCUAGGGGAGCUGCUGAUUGUGCUGGCCGAUCACGUGAGGCCGGCAGACCGCUUGGGGGUGUUGGGGAUCCUGCGCAGCCUGGCCGGCACCGGGCGCUUCGCCCUGAACCUGAGCCUGAUGAGCCAUGCAGAGAGAGAGAGCUGCAGAGCGUUGUUUCAGAAGCUGCAAGCCAUGGGUGCCCCCAGACCCACAAAGGAGGGGCUCGGCCAGGAGGAGCAGAGUCUAGGGGAGCUGCCUGGUGGACUCCAGGAGGAGGAGCAGCUCCUGCAAGAGCUGCUAGAGCUGUACCAGGUGGAUUGAUAGGAUCAGUUACCUUCAGAGGACCCCAGCAUUUUUUGGUUGUUGUCCUGGGGCUCUACAGGAUUGUAAUAAGAAGCCUGCACCUAAUUCCCUUCUCAACUUGGAAUUUUCAGAGUAAAAGCCAAAAUCAAAUCUU